AUGUCAGACUAUGAACUUCUCACCCAGUACACUGAGGAUGCCUACGCCAAAGAAGAUCGAAUUUGCGACCAUCCGUCUUGCAUGGCCAACAUUAGGACUGGAGAGCCAUGUUUUUAUGUUGCGACCAUUGAGCCAGGUCAACAUGGGCGCUAUGUGUGUGAAUCCUGCCACUUGCAUUACAAGAAUAAACAAGCUACUUCAGUGAGACCUACAGGUAGUCGAACCUUACAAUCACAAGGCCGCGCCCCUCCUGAUCCACGUACAAUACAACAAUUGGUGAAUGCGGCACAACGAAGAUCGACACCUAAUCCGCCUCCUGUUGUUGCCGUACCUGGUGGUUCUCGUGCUAGAGGGCCAGAUAUUAGAAUCCCUACAUUGUGGCAAGGUUCAUCGUCCAUCCAGCAUUCGUCACAACAAGGUGCCAUUGGGUAUUCAUCGCAACACACACUUUAUGCUGCUGAGCGUGACCGCUGGGGGAAAAUGGCAUAUGCUUCGUCUCUAGCAGAGACCAUUUUGCUUGAAAUUACUGUGGUUCACGAAGGUGCCGGAGAACGCAAAAAACGAGGUGUUGUUAUUGGAAACAUAUGUGAGGGUAAGAAGGACAUUGAUGCUCGAAUUGACGCGUCUGGGCUCAUCAAGCUAGCUUUGGAGACUGUUGUCCCAAAGUUACGCAAAUUCAAUGGAGAAUUUGUCUGGCGUGUUGAGGAGUUCGUAAUCCGAGAUGCUGCAUGGGUGGACCUAUCCAAUCACCCGCAAUCGGUUCCCUAUUUCUAUGAUCAAUGCCUGCAGCCAUCUCGCAAAGGCACCAAAUCGACCUUCAAAUCUAAACAAUUUGCGCUGAUGGUCGUUGUCCCGGAGGCUCAGUGGAAUGAAUACGAGAAUUGGUUGGAACUUCGUGCAGAAAUGGAAGCUGAAGCUAUCCGAACGAGCUGCACUCAGUCUAGUGAACGUGCUACUGCUCACACAGCUGUCAGUUUCAAUGUGCCCUCAUCAGCAACAACUUCGCUCGCUGAAAACAAGCUUUUCUUACCAUCCAUGACCACCAACAAUUCUGUGACGGUCUCUACCAAGAGAGCCCACCAGCGUGCUGAAAGCUCUAGCAGUCUCAGUGGUACUUCAUCUCCACCUCGAAAGAAGAAUCCACCUCCCGCAGCUUUUCAUUCACCUGAUCGUGAUCUGCUCAAAGAAGUCUUGAAGAUCGGCAGAGGUGCCAACUUAAAUGUAAAGCAAGUCUUUGGACUACAUAGCGAAAGUGUGCAAUUCCACCCAAUCCCUACCCGCGAUAUCACCAACCUCUUGCUACACAAACAGCAUCAUUCAUUUUCGGUGGACACAGCUGAAUCUUCCAUUGGACAGCUGACUAUUGAUACAUCGACGGAUGGCUUCAUUGGAAUUGGUGGCUUCAAGACUGCGAAUGCUGGAUGGCUCACACUCACAGCUCCUCCCAAGACUGGUCUUGGAUCAGUGGCUCGUCAUAAGGUCGUGGUCAAACGGCCAUUCGAAAAAGUAUUUCCGACUGCUAUGAAGGUUGGAGCUUAUAAAGUCGGCCGGUAUUCACUUGUCGACAAGCUACAGAAGCUAUUCAGAGAGGCCAACGUCUUAUACUGGUCCAAGUCUUUAUUAAAGCUCACAUACGACUUUAUUGAUCGUUCCAUUGCAUCCUCACCUGAACCCCCGCCAUUCGCUGUCCCACGUCCUGGAGCGAAGACAGGGUCAACACGGGCUGUCUUUCUCCUUGAAGAGCUCAUUGAGGGUGGUGAUGAUAUGUUUGUCAAAUUCAUCCACAAUAUGGAUGCCAAUCCAUUGCUCGAUGAAUUGGACUAUGGCUAUGACAUGGCCGAAUUCUUUGUUUUCACGCAGCAUGUCCAGUAUGUCAAGACUGGCAAGCUAGCUUUCAUAUCCGACUAUCAGGGUAGUACAACUCAAUACCGAUGUUGGGAUAGGUCGGUCAGCAAUGGAUGUGAUAUUUUUGGCGAGGGAAAUAUCGAGGCAUCUGUCAGCAAAUUCGAAGACCAGCAUGCCUGCAACGAGUACUGUGAAUGGUUUGGGCUGGAGAUAUUUGUGAAGGAAGCGAACGACGAUGAAGCAGCUGCGAAUGACGAUGAAGUAGUUGUAGAAAAUUAG